CAGCUGUCACAAUCUGCAAAGCGAGAAUAGGGAUCACAGGCGAAGACAAACGCACAAGAAGAGCUAAAAUGACGAGUUUUUCCAACAAGUUCAGCGCUUACACGAUGACUCAACUCAACGAAAUACUGGAGGACGACGAGAAACUCACAAAAAUGAUCCAGGAGAUGGAUGAGAUGCAGGAAGUCCAGGAGAGCAAGGAGAAGACACUGGUCAACAACCGAACCCUGGCAGAGCAAAACCUGGCCCUGCAGCCCAGACUGGAACACAAGAAAGAGGAGCUCACCAAGCGCUACAGCUGCCUUCAGGAGAGCUUUGAGUCCUAUCAGCUCCGCAAAUCUACUCUAGACCACAAGUCAGGAAACAUCUCGCUGGACAUCUUGCUGGCCCUACUGCAGGCAGAGGGAGCCAAAAUAGAAGAGGAGACAGAGAAUAUGGCUGAUUCGUUCCUGGAUGGCGACAUGACCUUGGAUUCCUUCAUUGAUAACUACCAGAGCAACAGAAAGCUGGCCCACCUGAGAAGGGUGAAGAUCGAGAAGCUGCAGGAGAUGGUGCUAAACGGGCAGCGGCUGCCCCAGGGCUCUGUCCCUAACUCCCGAUCUCAGGACGUGUCUGCAGCAGCCAGGCCCUCCUCCUCACUCCUCACCGAAGCGGGCACCAACUCGUCCCCCAUUGCCCAGCCGAGGAGAAAACCCCCACUCCCCCCAUCCCAGCCAGCCCCAGUUCUAAAUCCGGCUCCAACCGCCACCCCCCAGCCUCCUGCCUUAUACUCAGCCUCGCCCUACCCGCCGAUUCCUCCCAGAACGGGCCAACCAUUUCCCAACGUCUCCUCCGGCUACCCCAGCCACUUCCUGUCUCAGUACCCCCCAGCUCUGCCUCAGAGGCCCCCGCCUCGCCUGGCCCCGCAGCCUGGCUUCAUCAUGCAGUAAAUAAAAGGCAGCUGCCACUCAGAGGAAGCAGUGCGUGUCUUGGACUUCUCACUACUGGAACUCUUCUGAGGACUUAUUUUUUUACGUCGUCUGCCUUUUCGGAAUACGACCAACACAACACAAGAAAGCAGACCUGCGCUGGCUGGUCUGGUCAGCCCAAGCAGAUGUCCAAUAAUCUCUGUGGAUUUGCGCUCACCUCUCACUCCCAUCAACACUCCCAACGAAAAAAAAAAGAUCGUCUUGGCUAGCCUGGAUCGGUGAAAGAGCCCACUUCAGGUUGUAGUGGGGCCAGGAUUGUCAUUUAUCAGCACUUUGUGUCUCCUGGCAGCGCUCUCAGCUCUGCAUUAGUCUCUCACCCCCCGCCCCCCUUCAAACUUGUUCCUUUAAGCUUUUUAUGGAACACUAAAGUCAAAAAAGGGUUUAAUUAGUCAUUUCCAUCUGCAGCAUACUCAUUUACCGAUAAUGUAUAUGCAAGCAAAGAGAGACCCUAAUUACUGUGCAGUCGUCCCAGAAUAUAUUCAGGUGAAACUGCAUCUAUGCUGUGAUUUUUUUCCCCUCUCUUUUAUAUAUAUAUAUAAAAAAUUCACAAGGUACAUAGAAAUAUUUGCGUGUCAUCUUUUUUCUGAUAUAGUACUAAUGGAGUAAUUAUAGCCAGGAUAGACUGAUUAACAUUUGUAAAGGAGGGCUUCGGUUGGUGUGUUUCUUCUUCAAUAUGCGGAUGAGAGAGUCCAGACUUGCCCUGUUCAAGAUGGCUGUUGUGCUUGCCAUGUUCAAAAAAUGGCAGACUGUUGUACUCGGCGGUCCAUCUCAGGGGCAAAAGUCAAAAGGGAGCCUAAAGGAGAGGUAUAGUGGCUGAACUUUUGUAACAAGACAAGGCGAGACAAGCCUGAAAUGAAGGAUUUGUGUAUAGCCAUACAGUACACUUCUGAUGUUUUUUCUGUGGGUUCCUGUUGUGAUGCAACACUCCUUUUUUUAUAAUGUCCUUUGUCUUAAACACCCUCAGUCUGGGAUUUGCAGAUUAUGCCAACAGUUUUUUGGAUCUCACAGUCCUGUUCAGUUUGCUGUCACACUGAGCACCAAAGACUCCUCACAUCAGUCUUUUCUUUUUGUUUAUGUAAGUGAAAGUCAUUCCCAACAUAUCUGUUUGUGAGCUCAAACACUCUUUUGUAAACAUGCAAGCGAGAUUUCUUCAAGAGGACCUCGCGAGGUCAAACUGGCUUUGGGAGAAGAUUUCUUUUUCCCAGUGUGAUCGAACUUUAGUUUCCUCCCAACUGCUGUCGCUGUGCACUGUUGAAGAGCCACGAGUGCCUACACUUGAAGUGACAUUGAUGGCGUCCUGCUGACUGCUCCAUGUUUCUCAGCUGUUGAGGUUAGAAUCCCCCCACCCCCCCAAAAAAAACUCCUUUAAAGAACAAACUUGCCAAGCCAAUUUGGUCUGCUCCUCCUGCUACUGAUGUUCCAGCAGAUGGUAGAAAAAGGCAGACUGUGGACUGCCAGACAUUGCUCUCUCGCUGGAAGCAGAAGGCCAGAGUAGAGCGAUUCUGAACAUGUGCCAGAGAGACGAGAGACGCCCUCAGGCUGUGUGCCUAGUGGUGCUUGUGCUUCUCCUCCAUUCUUCCUCCAUUGUGUCGAGGUUUGCCUGGGGUGAAUUCAGAGAUUUCUUUUGCAUGUGUUGUUGCUGUUUUGUUUUUUUUAUUAUUAUUGGUGAAAUAACAGGGCUCCGUUUUGCGUCAUAUCUCUGUAAUUACACUUCACCUCAAGGCAAAGAAGUGGACCACAGAAUGGACAAAUCAGACUCGUCAGCAGGCGAAAUGACAGAAAUAGCUGAAGCUAAAACAUCAACAUCACGAUGAACCAGCAUUUCUAACAACUAACAGUGGAUAAUUCUUUUUGUGCAUGGCCUUUGCUCUUUGUGUCCAGUCUGAAGAUUCCUCUUUAAUACUUAUUUGUUUAGCUGUUGAGCUGCUUUUUACGUUUGAACUGAUCCUCUCUCCAUGGUUUUCUAUGUGGUUGGUGAUGUUUUCAGUGUAAUGUUGUAGGUAUUUACUUAUAAUGAAUGUUUAAGUGGAAUUUAAUGCUAUUUUCAAGUUCAAUAAAUCUCAAAUUUUUGUA